UUGAUCAUGAUUGCAAAUAAAGAGGAUUCUGAUUCUGAUACGGUUAAUUCAAGUCAAGUCAAGUUAUUCAAGUCAAGUUUAUUUGUUUUUUGUGUGUUUUUUUUAAAAAUUGUUUUGUAUUGAUAACAUACGCUUUGGCGUUAACAAAACAGUAACCCUCAUGAAAUUCGGUCGAGAAAGGAGCAAGUUACAUCCUAAUUUCAGUGUCCAUGCGUUGCUUUCUAUGGGAACGUCGACCUUCCCAUCAUGGCCGCCACGGAGGCACGUCGUGUAGCCGGGCGGCCACAGCGCGCUGCCGUAUCUAGUGUUCUGAUUUAUGGGUGGAGCCCCGCGAAGCUAUGUGUGUGUCCUCUUUUCAAACACUUGGGCUGAUAAUUAUUAUUUAAAGUAUUUAUAGAAGAGCAGCGUAGUUACGUAGCCAGUAACAUUUGAUUAAUAAGACAAAAAAAAAUACACGUACCUUCAUCGGGCUUCACCAGUGACCUAAACCGGAAGUAAUUGCUUCGUUUUGGUUUAACCGAAUGCAAAAGUCAGUUUGAUCAAGUUUUAAUGUGAUAAAUUUAACUUUAAAACGUGACAAGUUUCACGCUACAGCCCUUUUCACGUAAAAAAAAAAAAUAAGGCCAAGUUUUUAGAAAGAAGACACACAUACCUUCAGAGGGCUCCACCAGUGACCUGAACCGGAAGUCAUACGUAUCACGUUUUAACGCGAUAACUUAUCACGUUAAAGCGUGAAACCUAACACGUUAUAACAUGAAACUGAACCUUUUCUGGUGUGCAUGGCAGCAAUACGCCUCCACAAUAAAUUAUACAAGUGUACGACGUUUGGGUCUCUAAAUUGGGUCAGGCCUCUUCGCUGUCAGCAGGAAGACGUCAAUGUGAGCCCACCUGCUGACCAGCCGUAUCGUGUCUCCUUCUAGCUGAUCUUCUACCCCGUCUUCAUUCAACUCCGCCUCAGCCGCCUGCCUGGUCAAUGGUAACCACCAUUGACUCGCAGCAUGCAUCGAGGCAGGUUUAUAUUGAAUACAGAGCAGUGAUUCAAUUGCGCAAAUGAAGCGUAUAAAUACAUUUCUUGCCUCAAUUUGAACUUAAGUAAUGCCACGGGAAAUUCAAGCAUCCAGUAUGCUUAAAUUAAAAAGUAAAUAUACACAAAAACACAUAAAAAAGAUAGCAAAAAUUAUACUUUAAAAAUUGUAGCAAUUAGCACUUGGUUCACCCCCAUCUGCUGUCUGAACUCUGCCAAGCAACAGGUGACCAUGCAAAUGGGUAACCAGAAAAAAAAAAAUCUAAUACAAAAAUAAUUAAUAAAAUAUAAUUAAAUGCAAAUAGUAAUAUAGUUAAUUAAUACAAAUACAAAUAAAUACACUAAAAUAGUAAUGCAGUGAACCAAGGGUAUGCAGCACUUUUGUCUAAAUGAAGCUCCUCAAUUCACUUCAAAUUGUUUCCUUGGCACCGAGAUGCCACCAGAUGGCAUCAAUGAUAAAUUACAAAAAAAAAAAUCUGAGAAUGGGCAAAUUCACGAAUGCCAAAUAGUAAAUAUGAAGGGAUCGCUUUAUAUUUAAUUAAUAAAAAUAGACUAUAUUAGUUUUACAAUUAAUUAACAAAUAAAAAUUAACUACACUAAGAUAGACAUACCUUUUAACAAAAUAAAAUUACUUAAAUAAUUAUAGGUAGUGAGCUCUGGCUGUAGCGAACUUGACGUCCACCUUCUCUGGGGCAGUUAAGAUCCAGCCCUCUGAACUCUGCCCAGUGACAAGUGUCCAAUUAAAGAAUAUGCUUUCAAAACGUACAUUCUCACUUUUUUACAUAUUUGAUUUUUGAGGUGCUAACUUUAUUCACCUCACAGAGGCGCUAAAACUCAACAACAGUGGCCUAGUCGCAAAGAAGGGCCACAACACAAAGUACACCUGCGCCAUCCAAUGACACGAGCUUUCAUGAGGCGGAAUUUUUGAAGCACCUGUUGUAUUGGGUGUCAUUAGACGGUGCAGGUGUACCUAUUUGUGUGGCCCGUGAGUGUAUAUGACAGUUUUGUGUUGUUCUUUCUCUUUCUUUUAUGAAGCUUUCUGCAGUGUUUGUGCAUUCAGAUGGAUAAGAAUGUCCACCACUAAUAAUAUCGCCCAGGCCCGGAAACUGGUGGAGCAGCUGAGGAUCGAGGCGGGGAUUGAGCGGAUUAAGGUGUCCAAAGCGGCCACCGAGCUGAUGGGUUACUGCGAGCAGCACGCUCGUAGCGACCCGCUGCUGGUCGGCGUUCCCACCUCUGAAAACCCUUUUAAGGACAAGAAGCCCUGCAUCAUCCUAUAGCUGCACUCCACAUACACGGACGCACGCGCACACACACACACACACACACACACACACACACCCCUGAAAUAGCCUCUCUGGAAAAGCGCCAUAAUCUGCAGUCGGAGUAAGGAUGGAGGUGGGGGGGGGAUGGGUUUCCUGUUCUGGUGCCCGUCUUUCAAAUUACAGUGAUUGAGAUCAGUAUGAGCCGAGGUGCUUCGGUCCAAUAGUCACACAAAUGCUGGUCAACUAUCUUAACUUGAAAGGGAAGCGAUGUGCAGCAUUUAUUUUGACAGUCAAGCCGGGGGGAUGUGGAGGCGGGUGGAGCAUACAGGAAGUAAUAAUUGGGGGGGGGGAGGAAGUGUCUCAAAAUGUUUUGACUUUAUGUGCAAUGUCGAUGAUUUGUUUUCAGAGUCCACGGUACAAGCUGGCAUUUUCUGAUUCGUUUCUGUAAUGCUGUCCGGUGUAAAAAGUAGCAACAGAAUGUGGGUACAAAGUUGACCUGAUCAUUUUCUAGCUUAGUGAGGUCGUAUAAGAAGCCCCUUCCACACUACCCGUCACUGGCUUUUUCACAGCUUCUUCGGUUAUGGGACAAAGGUAGCGACGCAAUGGAGCGGUUGAAGUUGAGCUGCAAAUUUGACGGCAUAUCAGAGGUAGACUUUGGCAUCUUGAGCAGUUCAUGAUGUCGGAUGGACUUUUAUGGAUCUGAUGCGUCAAAAAGUGUGGAAAAGGGUUACAGCAAUAACAGAUGCUGGGGGUGUGAACUAGCCGUAAGGGUAUAUGUGAAAGGUAGCGACGGAAUGAGGGUAUGAAGGCGACCGAGUAAUUUUCCAUCUUAAGAGUUGUUAUCAGAAGCGUCAUUUACAGUACCCAUCAAAGUCAGCUUUUUACCUGGUCUCUUUCCAGUGUGAAAAGGUAGCGACCGGGUCUUUGUGCUGUGAUAAAGGCAGCAAGUGAGCAGGGGUAUAAAGUCAACCCUUAAAACCUUUCAGGCGACCUGGUCAUUUUCCUGCUUAAGAGGUCUUAAGAGCCCCUCUAACACUAUCCAACAAAGCCAGCAUUUUCCCUGGUCACUGUCCUGUGAGAAACGUAGCGAUGGAACAGGGGUACAAAGUCGACCCGGCAAUUUUCCAGCUUUAAAGGUAGUACCAGAAGCCCCUUUCACACGAUCAGUCAAAACCGGCUUCUUCAUUGCUUUUUCCGAUGUCAUUGUUUUGUGAGAAAGGUAGCGACGGCAUGGGUAUAUGAAGUCAACCCGGUAAUUUUCCGGCUUUGGAGGUUGUAACAGAAGCCCCUUUCGCAGUACCUGUCAAAGCCGGCUUUUUGCCUGAUUGCUGUCUUGUGAGAAAGGCAAUGACGGAAUAAGAGUAAAAAGUCAACCCGGCAAUUUUCAAAGUUCAUAGGGUAGCAUCAGAAGUCCCUUUCACACUGUCCAUCAAACCUCUUUUUCCGUACCUUCACCCCCCCCUCCCUGAGUCGCUGUCCUGUGUGAAAGGUAGCGACAGAAGAGGCGUAGAGUUGAGUCAGCUUUUUUUUCCGGCUUUGGAGGUACGUAGUGUGAACCCCAUUUCACACUAGCGGUCAGCAACGGCUUUUUCCCUGGUCGUUGUAAUGUGUGAAAGGUAGCGAUGCAAUGAAGGUAUGACGUCGCCCCGUAUUUUUUUAUUCAAACCAUUCGAUGCGACAGCAGUGGCGGCCAUCUUACCUGCCGAGCGUUCUGAUUGGUCCAUUGUCAGUCCGCCUUCUCGUCGUGUCGUCUGUGCGGAAAAAACAACAUUUUUCUUACUUUUCAUAUCAAAACAUGAUGAAAUCCGCCAGGAUCACCGCCUUGAAAUUCGUUUUGUUUAUUUCUAUUGCCUUGAUUGAUGAUUGUGAGAAAAUUCUAUUUUUUCGGUAAAAGUUUCUCUUACGUGCCAUACAUACAUAAGUCUUAUUUUUUUUUUUUUUUCUCGCACACUGUUAAUAUUUUGUGGAUAUUUGUUGUCAAAGAAAAAAAGAUAUUGACAAGUAGAUAACGUUAAUAAAAAGAUAUUACAGA